GGCCCGGGGGAGGCGAUGGCGGGCGCAGAGGGGUUCCAGUACCGGGCCCUGUACCCCUACCGCAAGGAGCGCGAGGAGGACAUUGACCUGCUCCCGGGGGACACCCUGGUGGUGAGCCGGGGGGCCCUGCAGGCUCUGGGCUGCAAGGAUGGGGAGGAGCAAGCCCCUCACCAGAUCGGCUGGAUCCUGGGCGUCAACGAGCGCACCAAGCAGAAGGGGGACUUCCCGGGCACCUAUGUGGAGUAUGUGGGCCCCGUCAAGCUUGCCCUGCCCUCCCACCGCCCCCGGAUGCCUCGGCCUCUCCCAGCUGCCCCUGGGCCUGGGGCCCCCAACGCCCAGCAGGAGACCCUAGAGCAGCAGGGGCCCCUCCUGCCAGAGCUCUCGGAGCAGUUUGUUCCCCCGGAGGUGGCCCCCCCUCUUCUUUGCCGGCUGGUGGAUGCCAUUGAGAAGAAAGGCCUGGCGAGCAAGGGGCUCUACAGGACGGCAGGAUCUGAACUGAGGGCAGCGCCGAGACUCGAGUGGGCAGCGGCUGGUGACCUGGAGGCCUACGACGUGCUGUCCCUCGGGGAGGCCCUCCAGGGCUAUCUGCAGGAGCUGCCGACCCCGGUGGUGCCCGACAGAGUCCACGGCGAGAUCCUGCGAGUGCUGCAGGAGGGGUGGCGCCGGAAGGUAAGCCAUCCCUCUCCCCUUCUCCCCUCUGCAGGCGACCGGACGCAGCUGCUGUCUGUGCUGGAGCCCCCCGGCCUGCCGCUGCCCCAUCUCCUCACGCUCCAAUUCCUCCUGCGCCACUGGGCGAAAGCAGCCGAGCAGGCGGAGAGCAGCGGGCUGUGUCCUCGGGCCCUGGGGGAGAUCUUCGGGCCCCUGCUCCUUCGGCGGCCUGCUGUGGCCAGCACCGAGAUGGGCCCCGACUUCUCUGUGCUCUUUCUGGAGACUCUACUGCAACCCACAGAGCCCCAGCUGGAGCAGCCCCCACCAGCUCUGCCCCCCAAGCCUCCCAAGCCGAAGCCGACGGUGGCUGCAGCCCUGACCAAUGGCAACGGAGGGACGUUGCAGGAUGCCGAGUGGUACUGGGGGGACAUCUCCAGGGAGGAAGUGAACGAGAAGCUGAGAGACACGCCUGACGGGACCUUUCUUGUCCGGGACGCAUCCAGCAAGAUCCAGGGCGAAUACACGCUCACCCUGAGGAAAGGAGGCAACAACAAGCUGAUCAAGAUCUUCCACCGGGAGGGCAAGUACGGCUUCUCGGAGCCGUUGACCUUCAGCUCUGUGGUGGAGCUCAUCAAUCACUAUGGGCACGAGUCCCUGGCCCAGUACAACGCCAAGCUGGACACGCGGCUGCUCUACCCCGUCUCCAAGGACCAGCAGGACCAGGUAGUGAAGGAGGACAGCGUGGAAGCCGUGGGGGAGCAGCUGAAGGUCUAUCAUCAGCAGUACCAGGACAAGAGCCGCGAGUAUGACCUUCUCUAUGAGGAGUACACGCGCACCUCACAGGAGCUGCAGAUGAAGAGGACGGCCAUCGAGGCCUUCAACGAGACCAUCAAGAUCUUCGAGGAGCAGUGCCAGACGCAGGAGGCCUGCAGCCGGGAGUACGUCGAGCGCUUCCGGCGAGAGGGGAACGACAAGGAGCUGCAGCGGAUCCUGAUGAACUCGGAGAAGCUGAAGUCCCGCAUCUCCGAGAUCCACGACAGCAAGUGGAAGCUCCAGCAGGACCUCCAGCAACAGGCCUCGGAGAACCGCGAGAUCGACAAGCGCAUGAACAGCCUGAAACCUGACCUGCUUCAGCUGCGCAAACUGCGGGACCAGUACCUGGUGUGGCUGACCCAGAAGGGAACCCGCCAGAAGAAGAUCAACGAAUGGCUGGGCAUCCGGAACGAGGCGGAGGACCAGUACUUCAUGAUGGAGGAUGAGGCGGAGUUGCCCCACCACGAGGAGCGGACGUGGUACGUGGGCAACAUCAACCGCACCCAGGCCGAAGAGAUGCUGGCCGGCAAACGGAAUGGGACCUUCCUCAUCCGGGAGAGCAGCCAGCCUGGCUGUUACGCCUGCUCGGUCGUGGUGGAGGGCGACACCAAGCACUGUGUGAUCUACAAGACUGCGACCGGCUAUGGCUUUGCUGAGCCCUACAACCUCUACGCCUCCCUCAAGGAGCUGGUCUGGCACUACAAGCACACCUCCCUGGUGCAGCACAACGACUCCCUCAAUGUCACCCUGGCCCACCCCGUCCUCUCGCCCCCUCCCCCCAGAUGAAGGCAUUUUGGUGCUGCUGCCCCUCCCCCCCCCACGCUUGCCCUGAAAGCCGCUGAGGGGUUGGGGGGUCUGCAGAGCCCAACCACGUCGCCCUCUCGCCCCUUGGGGCUGGGGGCUCAGCUGACCCCGAGCCCAGAAAAGCUGUGA